AGUUUUCACUUGUUUCCUAUAAUAAUGCCAUAAUCUUAGAAUCAAAACAAAAUCUACCUAUAAUCCACUGGUACAGAAACCAAUCCAAGAGACAGAGGCCGCUUUCAGAGCUUCUAGCAUGGACCAUGGUGUCUUUCUUGAAUAGACUUUGGUUAAGCAGUAUUUAUUGAAUUCCAAGGAAAGUGAGGGAAAUCAAGUCAGGUGUAGGGCAUGGAUCGGAAUCAUCUCGUUUAACGCCUUAAAGCAACGGGGCUGCUGUUGAUACCAACAUUGCACCACACAACGCAUCUUGAGAAACCCUACUUUUUGAUUUUUGGGUUUUGACGGUAGAUAUGUUAGGUGUGCUUUGCAAUCUUGUUCAUGUAAGCUGCACGUUUCUUUCUUUUCUGGCAUCACUUUCCUCUAUAAAAGAGUCCCAAAAUCCCAAACUCCUAGAUAUAAACCUCACAAAUCUGUAUUGAUUGAACCUCAUUGAUGGGAGCUGGGUCUGCUCCCUAAUUGAGGGUUGGAGUUUUAUGUUUUUUAAGUUGAUUUCUGGCUUCCUUUUGAGAGGAGAGAGUUGGUUUGCCAUUUCUUUUUCUUUGUCGUCCUGUCACUGGGAUCUGGGUGUGUUAUACAUUGGCAGUUUAGGGUAAUAUAAUCUAAAUUGGGUGUUUUUGAUUGUUGGAUUUUGUUGAAAUAGGGCACAAGUGUGUCGAGGGAUCUUUCUUUUUGCUGCAAUUUUGGCUAUUUUCAGUUUUCAGUUGGUACACUGUAUAUGGAAAAGAUGGUAGCCGGAAAUGGCCUAUUAUUUCCAAUUCUUGGAUUUGCUUCUUGUGUCCUUUUCAUUUACAUGUCUUUUGGUGACCUAGGGCUUAAUAGUUUUCCGAGGCAACUGGAGUUAGAUUUUGUGAAAAGGAAUGGAACUCAGUUCACUUUAGAUGGGAAAGUAUUGUAUAUUAAUGGAUGGAACUCUUACUGGUUAAUGGUUCAGUCUGUGGAGGAAGAUACCAGACCUAGGGUCAGUGCAAUGUUGCAAGCUGGAGCAAAGAUGGGUCUCACUGUUUGUAGAACCUGGGCCUUUAAUGAUGGAGGCUACAAUGCUCUGCAGAUUUCCCCUGGUCAAUUUGAUGAGCGAGUCUUCAAGGCCUUAGAUUAUGUCAUUGCAGAAGCAAGGCAAUAUGGAAUUAGGCUUCUUCUUUGUUUGGUAAAUAAUUUGCAAGCAUAUGGUGGGAAGACUCAGUAUGUCAAAUGGGCAUGGGAAGAAAGCAUUGCUUUGAGCUCCUCCAAUGAUUCCUUCUACUUUGAUCCAUCAAUCCGCAGAUAUUUCAAGAAUUAUGUGAAGGCUAUCCUGACUCGGAAGAACACCAUCACAGGAAUUGAAUAUCGGAAUGACCCAACAAUCUUUGGAUGGGAGCUAAUGAAUGAACCCCGCUGCAUGUCUGAUCCUUUUGGUGAUACUCUUCAAGAUUGGAUAGAAGAAAUGUCAGCUUUUGUGAGAUCAAUAGACAAGAAUCAUCUACUGACUGUGGGUCUUGAAGGGUUCUACGGUCCUAAAAGCCCCAAGAAAUCAACUAUGAAUCCAGAAGCAUGGGCAUCAACCCUUGGAUCUGAUUUUAUCCGCAAUUCGAAAAGCACAAACAUAGAUUUUGCCUCUGUUCAUAUCUAUCCUGAUCAUUGGUUUCAUGAUCAAGAAUUUGAAGACAAACUGAAAUUUGUCUCCAAGUGGAUGUUCUCUCACAUUGAAGAUGGUGACACAGAAUUGAAGAGGCCUGUUAUGUUCACCGAAUUUGGAUUGUCAGACCAGAACAAGGACUUUCAACUAUCCCAGCGAGAUCGGCUGUACCAAACUAUUUUAGACAUCAUGUACAAAUCUGCAAAGAAAAACUGUGCUGGGGCAGGUGCCUUCAUCUGGCAGUUCCUUGUUGAAGGAAUGGAAGAGUAUGUUGAUGAAUUUGCUAUUGUACCAUGGGGAAGGCCAUCAAUUCACAAAAUGAUGAUAGAACAAUCAUGCAGGUUGGCUAGAAUCAAGGGACUGAUUCAACAAAGUGGAAACUUAAGAGAACUGUGCUCACCGAGACGGUGAAAUUUACUCCUGCGUGGUCAGAUGCCAAUUUUGUCUUUCAGUUGGAUUAGUUUCUGUCAGAGAUGCAGCGUCACUGUUUUUCUAUCAUUUUUCGCACUUAUAUACAAAUAGAAGUGGCUAUAUACCUUAGCUUAGUUUACAUGGAAAAGCAACGUGCAUGUAUAGGGUUACCUUGCAAGUUCACUACACAGUUUGCUUUUUUUUUUUUUUUCUACUUGUAAUAACUCAUAGAAUGUCAGUAUAGAACAUUGAAUCCAAAUAAAUGUGGUUUAGAUCA